CCCGUCCCCUAUAAGCACCUUUGGACUCAAGGCAGGUCUUAGCGAGCCUGGGCGCUUCUCGAUGAGGAGGCCAUCUCACAGGCGUCCGAGAGGUCUAUAUAAGCCUCAUUCAGCACUGACAAGAGAUUUCAACACUACAUCUGCUCAUAGAAAACCUCCCCUUCCGAUACACCUUCAUUAUGGCAAUCGUGACACCCCUUCCAAGCAUCUCCGGCUCGAACGCCAAAUUCGGAGCAACCAUUACCGGCGUCGAUCUCAACCACCUGAGCGAGGAGGAUUUCCAGACCAUCCGUAGCGCAAUAUACGUUCACAAGGUCGUCGUCGUGAAAGGGCAGCGUGACCUCCUCCCAGCGAAACAGUUCGACUUUGUGCACAGACUAGACCCAGCGGCGGAUCGAGUGCAUGGGUUCGACACGGACGACGUGACUGAUGAGACGAGUGGGGUUCUCGGACCAAGAUUCAACGUUAUCCCCGGCUCUACUGGAGUGACCAUCGUUGGCCAGGGGUACCAAGGGGACAAUCACUACGGACUAAAGGGCAUAACAGCCAAGUCAACGACCCAUUUCGACGCGCAUGCCGAGCCUCUUUCCCCCAAGGCUUUCGCAAGCGGCGCCACACGCUUCGGAGCCUUUCACUUUGAUGGCGUUAUUUAUGGAUCUUAUCCCUCGCGGGUUACGACCCUUCGCUGUGUGAGGACACCCAAGGGUCCCGAUCUUACUGUGCGCUGGGAUGACGGGUCUGGAUAUACUAUGACCGUUAAGCCGGGUUUGACCGCGUUCAUUGACAGCGCGCAGAUGUAUAGCAUGCUCACGGAUAAAGAACGGGAGAUUGCAGACCACAGUCGGUGGGAGCCAGCGCCACAGCCGUAUGUCUGGACGGGCACGCGCAAGAUCCGCAACUGUGGUCUGGGGAUGGCGCCUGGUGGGGAGACAGUGCCGCUUGAGGGGCUUCCUGCGUGGGUGCCGGAGAAGGUGUACCGGUUUCCGAUGGUUUGGGUGAAUCCGGUAACCGGUGUUAGGUCUUUUCAGGUUCUUCCUGAUGUCGUGCGGAAGUUUUACCUGAAGAAGGGAACAGAUGAGGAGGAAGAAGUGGUAGAGGACGGGGAGCGGAUUCGAACGUUCCUGAACGAUAUCAUCGAUCGUAUCCUCAAGCCCGAGAACAUCCUUAUUCCGAUGUAUGAGGAGGGCGACGUCGUCAUGUUCAAUAACUGGGAGGUCAUGCACAGCUCGAUCGACUUUCCAACAAGUUAUGGCACUCGCACAAUGCACCAAUGCCACAUCCCGUCCUCGACAUUCCCAACUGGUCCGGCUCCCGUCAAGUAAACGUCGCUGAACCGAGUCCUUCAAUACCAAAACAAUGAAGAGAAUAUAGAAGCGCAAUCAAGAUAUCGCUGUACGCAUCAGUUCUGUAGCCGAAUCCAGAAAUCCCCCAUGCAUUAAAGAA